UGGACUGGACGCUUUUUCAACAACACAGCUAGUCAAGCCUCCUCGGUAACUUGCUAGCCAACAUAGCCGAAACAUUACAGCUCUUUAGACAAUUUCUCUGUAUAUUAGCCUCUGUGUUUUAAGCAAACUUAUGUUGUAUAGCUAGUUGCCGCAUUUCAUUUCACGUUGUUAGUAGUCAGCUAGCUGGCUUGCUAAAUUAACUCAGCACUAAUGCUAACUAGCUAGCUAGCUAGCUAACAUCCCGACCAUGAACUCACUAAGCUACUCCCCCCCUGCUAAAGAAGAGGUCUGCUGGACGGAGAAAGAAACUCUCAUUGAAGAGGUCACAGUGAAAAAAGAGGAAGAAGCUUUCAGAGUGAAAGAAGAGGAUGUUACUGCGAAAGAAGAGGAAGAAGCUUUCAGAGUGAAAGAAGAGGAUGUUACUGCGAAAGAAGAGGAAGAAGCUUUCAGAGUGAAAGAAGAGGAUGUUACUGCGAAAGAAGAGGAAGAAGCUUUCAGAGUGAAAGAAGAGGAUGUUACUGCGAAAGAAGAGGAAGAAGCUUUCAGAGUGAAAGAAGAGGAUGUUACUGCGAAAGAAGAAAAGGAAGAGGAAGUGUUUGGAUUGAAGGAGGAGGGGGAGAUUACUGUCACAUUGGAGGAGGAGAAUGGAGAUCUGAUUAACACCACAGAAGAGAGACCCGACUCAGAGGAACCGGAGACGUCUGAACCAGCGAGACGACACCACUGUUCACAGUGUGGAAAGAGUUUUACCCAUUUGGGGAGCCUUAAAAACCACAAGAGAACACAUGCAGAGAAGAAGUCUUACAACUGCUCUCAGUGUGGAAAGAGUUUUAGCUGGUCUGGGCAACUGAAAGAACAUGAGAGAAUACACACAGGAGUGAAGCCUCACCAGUGCUCCCAGUGUGGAAAGAGAUUUUUCAAGUCAUCACAUCUGAACGAGCAUAAGAGAAUACACACAGGAGAAAAAACAUUCCAAUGCUCUCAGUGUGGAAGGACAUUUUCCCGAUCAGGGGACCUGAAAUCACAUGAAAGAAUACACACAGGGGAAAAGCCUUAUCACUGCUCUCAAUGCGGAAAGAAUUUUACCCGCUUAGGGAACCAAAAAAUGCAUGAGAGAAUACACACAGGAGUGAAGCCUUACCACUGCUCACAGUGUGAAAAGAGUUUUGCAAAGUUAGGGAACCUUAAAAUACAUAAAAGAAUACACACAGGAGAAAAACCAUUCCAAUGCUCUCAGUGUGGAAAGACAUUUUCACGAUCAGGGGACUUGAAAUCACAUGAAAGAAUACACACAGGGGAAAAGCCGUAUCACUGUUCCCAUUGUAAAAGUAGUUUUAGCGGGUCAGGGCAACUGAACGAGCAUGAGAGAACACACACAGGAGUGAAGCCUUACCACUGCUCCCAGUGUGGAAAGAGUUUUAGAAGGUUGGGGUCCCUUAAAUCACAUAAGAUGUAUACACACACAGGAGAAAAGCCAUGUAACUUCUCCCAGAGUGAAAAAAAUAAGUAUGUGUCAUUAGGGGACAUGAAAAAGCAUGAGAGAACACACUCUGUAGGGAAGCCUUUCCAAUGCUCUCAGUGUGGAAAGGGAUUUAUCCAGUCAUCGCAUCUGAAAGUGCAUAAGAGAAUACACACAAGAGAGAAGCCAUUCCAAUGCUUGCAGUGUGGAAAGAGUUAUACCCGGUUAGGGAACUUGAAAACGCAUGAGAUGACACACACAGGAGAGAAGCCAUUCCAAUGCCGUCAGUGUGGAAAGAGUUAUACCCGGUUAGGGAACUUGAAAACGCAUGAGAUGACACACACAGGAGAGAAGCCAUUCCAAUGCCGUCAGUGUGGAAAGCGGUUUACCUGGUUAGGGAACCUGAGAAUGCACAAAGUGACACAUAAAGUAGGAUAGCCUCACCUUUUCACACUGGGAAAAGAGGGUUUUGUUCAUUUAAAGGGCUUGAAAGAGCAUGAGAAAGUACAUACACAGGAGGAGAAGACAUACCACUGCUCUCAUAGCCCAAAUACAUCGUCAAAGGACCUGAAAUCACAUGAGAGAAAAGUGUUCUGACUUACGUUUUUCAUUAAGAAUUUUUGUUUUUGGUUGUGACAUGAAAUCUAAUUGUAUAUAUAAAAUCAUACUCACAAUUUGGCCUACAUUUGUUUUUAGUUUUUAAUCUCCAGACAUGGUCAUGUGAUAGGGGCAGUAUUACUGUAUUUAUCCCCAAGGAUACAGUCAUGUGAUAGGGGCAGUAUUACUGUAUUUAUCCCCAAGGAUACAGUCAUGUGAACGGGGCAGUAUUACUGUAUUCAUGGUCAUAUCUCAAAUCUGAUUUAAUCAAAUGAAAUGUGUAGUUGGUUUUGAUUAUAAACAUUGAUUGAAUGGAUACAAAUGUGGAUGUUAAUUUGAUGAUUUGGAUAUUUCAAAAUGUAGAUUAAUAUAAUUCAGAUUUCUUUAUUCUAACCUUGAAACCACUUGAAUUUAGUUGUUGUUGUGUUUCAUUGACUUAAUUUGUGUACUAGUCAUCAAGGAAUAUGAAAAUGUGAUAAUGUUGUUCUGAUGUUGACAUUGGACAUUAAAAACAUUCAAUACCUCA